AUGAUGUACCACCAAUGCAAUUAUUAUCAGUUAUUUAUUCAGGUUUUAAUUAUAAUGGAAGUUAUAAACUUUUCUUUCAAUUACGCUUACAUAAAAUAUAUGGUGAUUUAUAGUAAGGAAAAAAUAGUUUUCAUUACAAGCGAAAUUAAAACUACUGCAACAGCUGUUAUGAAAAUAAUCUGAAGGUUGAAGCACAGGCCUUAA